ACCGGCGUUCAAUCGUGAAGCGGAUUGACUGUUGCAGCCUCGGUAUGUGGCGCAUGAGUGUGCGUUUCGGGAUGUAACGGCGGUCUGUCGGAGCGGCGACACCGAAUUAAAACGUAUAUCCACACCCGGCGGACUCCGGAGGCAGGAUACCCGAGGAGAGCGGACAACAAACCCGCGGAGGGGGGAGUUUUUACGGCAGCACGGAGCGGAGGAGAAACACGGGAGCGGGGCAGGAGGGGACGCUCUAGCAAAUCCGACCGACACCGCACGCAGAAAUGGCGGAGCACCACGCAGCCAGCGACGGCAAGCACAAAGCGUCCACCAAUGCCGGGGGCUCGGUGCACGGGAACAGCCGACCCGGCGCCGCGGGUGGAGGAGGGGGCAAAGGAGGCCUGUCUGGCGGACUGACACAGCCAGCUGGGUGGCAGUCUUUACUCUCGUUUAGCAUUCUUUUCCUGGCCUGCCUGGCUGGAUUCAGCUCCAGACUUUUCGCGGUGAUCCGGUUCGAGAGCAUCAUCCACGAGUUUGAUCCAUGGUUCAACUACAGAUCAACACAUCAUCUCACCACCAAUGGCUUCUACGAGUUCCUCAACUGGUUCGAUGAACGGGCCUGGUAUCCUUUGGGCAGGAUCGUUGGAGGAACAGUAUACCCAGGGCUAAUGGUGACAGCGGGCCUUAUCCACUACGUGCUCAACCUGCUCCACAUCACCGUCCACAUCCGUGACGUGUGCGUCUUCCUGGCGCCGGUGUUCAGCGGUCUGACCGCCAUCUCCACCUUCCUGCUGACACGGGAGCUGUGGAACCAGGGGGCGGGGCUGCUGGCGGCCUGCUUCAUCGCCAUCGUUCCCGGCUAUAUCUCGCGGUCCGUCGCUGGCUCUUUUGACAAUGAGGGCAUCGCUAUCUUUGCCCUGCAGUUCACCUACUACCUCUGGGUGAAAUCGGUGAAGACGGGCUCCGUAUUCUGGACCAUUGGCUGCUGUCUGUCCUAUUUCUACAUGGUGUCGGCGUGGGGAGGAUAUGUGUUUAUUAUCAACCUGAUUCCUCUGCAUGUGUUUGUGCUGCUGCUGAUGCAACGCUACAGCAGAAGAGUCUACAUCGCCUACAGCACUUUCUACAUCGUGGGGCUCGUACUGUCCAUGCAGAUCCCGUUCGUCGGCUUCCAGCCAAUCAGGACGAGCGAGCACAUGGCUGCUGCUGGUGUGUUUGCACUUCUCCAGGCCUAUGCCUUCCUGCAGUACCUGAAGGACAGGCUGACCAGACAGGAGUUCCAGACGCUUUUCUUCCUCGGAGUCUCUCUGGCCGCCUGCAUAGUCUUCCUCACGGUGAUCUAUCUCACCUACACAGGAUACAUCGCUCCGUGGAGUGGUCGUUUCUACUCUCUCUGGGACACCGGCUACGCUAAGAUCCACAUCCCCAUCAUAGCGUCCGUUUCGGAGCACCAGCCGACAACAUGGGUGUCCUUCUUCUUCGACCUCCACAUCCUGGUCUGCACCUUCCCGGCAGGCCUGUGGUUCUGCAUCAAGAACAUCAAUGAUGAACGUGUGUUCGUGGCCUUGUAUGCCAUCAGUGCGGUGUAUUUCGCCGGCGUGAUGGUGCGUCUGAUGCUGACACUGACUCCGGUGGUGUGCAUGCUCUCGGCUGUGGCUUUCUCCAGUGUCUUUGAGCAUUACAUGGGAGACGACACCAAGAGGGAGAAGCCUCCUGCUGAGGACAGCAGCGAUGAGGACGACAAGAGGAAUUCUGGGAAUCUCUAUGACAAGGCUGGAAAGGUGCGUAAACAUGUGUCAGAGCAGGAGAAGGCCGAGGAGGGUCUGGGUCCCAACAUCAAGUCCAUCGUGACCAUGCUCAUGCUGAUGCUGCUCAUGAUGUUCGCCGUCCACUGCACCUGGGUCACCAGCAACGCCUACUCCAGCCCCAGCGUGGUGCUCGCCUCGUACAACCACGACGGGACGCGCAACAUCCUGGAUGACUUCAGGGAGGCCUACUACUGGCUGAGGCAGAACACAGACGAGCACGCACGCGUCAUGUCGUGGUGGGAUUACGGCUACCAGAUAGCCGGCAUGGCCAACAGGACCACGCUGGUGGACAACAACACGUGGAACAACAGCCACAUAGCGCUGGUGGGCAAAGCCAUGUCGUCCAAUGAGAGCGCAGCGUACCAGAUCAUGAGGUCGCUGGACGUGGAUUACGUUCUGAUCAUCUUCGGAGGCGUGAUCGGCUACUCGGGCGACGACAUCAACAAGUUCCUGUGGAUGGUGAGGAUAGCGGAGGGAGAGCACCCGAAGGACAUCAGGGAGAGCGACUACUUCACUCCUCAGGGAGAAUUCAGAGUGGACAAGGCCGGAUCACCGACGCUGCUCAACUGCCUCAUGUACAAGAUGUCCUACUACCGAUUUGGUGAAAUGCAGCUGGACUUCAGGACACCGCCGGGCUUCGACCGGACGCGCAACGCUGAGAUCGGCAACAAGGACAUCAAGUUCAAGCACCUGGAGGAGGCGUUCACCUCAGAGCACUGGCUGGUCAGGAUCUACAAGGUGAAGAAUCUGGACAACAGGGAGCCGCUGGACCACAAGCUUCGCAGCGUCGUGCCCAAACAGAAGUACACCUCCAAGAAGACGGCCAAGAGGAAGCGAGGACACAUCAAGAACAAACUCGUCCUGAAGAAGGGCAAGAAGCUCCAAAAAAAAUAACGGCGACGACAAACUCUAGGAAAACAAACAAAACGCGAAGAAACCUCUAACAACCGAUGAAGAAGAACACUGGGGCCGUUCACCCGGCACUUGGUCUCGUUAGAGCGCCCUCAUGUGUCGAGGAAGCGUCAUAUCUGGCUCGCUCCAGAACCGUUUUACCCUGAGGACGCUCGUCUUGCUUUGUUUUGGGUUUUUUUUGUUGUCGUUGUUGUUCUUUCUUUCCGGUUUUUGUUUUGUUUGUUUGUUUUUUUUACUUGAAUGUGUGACAAGGCAUAGGGCUGCUCUACUCGGUUCGAUUCAUUUCCCUGGUUUGUUAAUUAACUGCUUCUCGGUGAAAAAGGGGGAACGAGAGAGGAACAUUUGCACCAAAGACCCAUCGACCUUUGCUCCGCGGCACAUUGUUGAACUCAUUAGUGAGAGCGAGGACGGCGUGAACGCUGACGACUGUUCCUGACUCGUGUACAGAGGAGCGUAUGCGGCAUGGAGGAACGCCAGCCCACCUGUAAUAUUGACCUUUUUAAUCAUCAUCGUAUCCUUUGUGUCUGCCUGGCUCCCUGACACCUCCUUUUGCAACGGAUUCCUUAGGAAAGAAAAUUGGCCUAUUGUGUAAAUAUGUGAUGUAAAGAAAAUGUCUAAAAGGAUGAUAAUAUAUUGGAUUAUUGUGGUGACUUUUAAAUAUGCAGUCUUGGAUUUUUUUUUUUCCCUCUACGUGAUCGUUUUGUUCUUUUAUGUGUGACAGCAAAUAGAACAGUGAAUGCAAUAAUUCUUGUACAGAGGGGCUUGAAGAUUUUGUCGAAAGAAUGAUUCUGAAUGUGAAUUUUUACACCCCUCCCCCCCCCUUUUUUUUUCAUAAAUUGCGUAGAUUGUACAUUUCUGCUGCUAGGGUUUUAAAGACGGAAGCAAGAAGCGAGCUGUGUGUAAAAAGUAGUGAUAAUAAAUUAGGCCUCCCGUCCUGCAGGGGGAGCUCUCUGGUGUGAGUGAGCAAAAAGCCUAGUGCCUCAUGAGUUUAAUUUGGGACUGUUUUUGUUCUUCUCGUGUCGGCGGGUCGUCUGCUUCGACCGGACGGAGGCACUGAAACUGGAAAUUGUCUAAAUGUCUGGAAAUAGACGGUGAACUGUGAGGGGGGGUAGUUAGAAAACAGGUGACAGGAAACGGACUUCCAUCUCUGCCUGGAACUUCAGACGGACAAACUAACAAAAUGUCUUUAGAGCUCUGGAGCAGCGUCCCAGCUCUGUACUGUAUGCUCAGUCUGCUGCUGCACAUAUCAGAAAUCCUCACGUUAUUAAGCAGGAAAACAGCAGCAAACAGCUACUCUGAUAGCAAAUAAUCUUCCAGUUGUUGGUUUUAUCUGUAAAACGUCAAAAAAAAGCAACUCUUUAGCCUUUUGUGGUGUCUUUAAAUGUCCCAGUAACAAUCCACAACCCCAGAUUAUUCCAUUUAUGUGCAUGUAAACCGAGAAAAGCAGCAACUAUUUAGACUAAAGAGAGUUAAAACAGACAAAUAUUGUACAUUUUAAUGCUCGGAAGUGAUUCAGAUAAGAAAUUCAUAGUAAAUACUGUCUGUAAAAUGCCAUCUUUGUUUGGUAGACAGUCCAGUAGCAUUCAAUUUACAGUGAAUUAAAAGAGAAAAGGUGGAAAUUUCAAUACAAAAAUAGGUUAUUCUGUUUCAUUUGGAGCAUAAAAUGUUUUAAAAAUAGAAGAAAAGUCGCAUCAUAUACUCCAGUUACCUGUUUUUGUCCAAAAACUUAUGUUUAGUGUUAUACUUUAGACUUUAAUUUAAAAUUUUAAAAUGGAAAAGGUGGAAAUUUCAAUACUUAGACGCUGAAAAUGACAAAAAUCUAUUAUUGAAACACUAAUGAAUCAUCAGUUUGUUAUUUUAAUCGGUUCACAGUGAAAAGUCAACAGUUAUGCACAAGUUUGUUAGUGGAGAAACAAAAUAAUUGUCUUUUAAACUAAUAUUCCUCCUUUUUUUUUUGGUUUGGUUUCCAUAAAAUUGCUGAACAUUUUUAGAAUAUCAAAAUAAAAGCAUAGUUAUAUUUAGAUUCAGGAAAUCAUUGGCGGCAAAGCGAGCCGUGAAUUUUUGUCAUUUUGCUUGAAAAAAUGACUCCCGUUAGUAAUCGAUUUCCAUGUAGUUUUAUUGAGCUCUUAAAUGCAGUAUGCAGCUGGGACUGGGCUCUGCAGGGCGCUAACCUUCGUCUUCUUAUUCUUCGGGCGCUGCACUGUUCUCUGUUGGGGGUCUCCAGACGCCAUGUGGAAAAACUAAAGGAGUUUGUGUAACGUGCACGCUUCAGUAACUUUGUUUUUUUUAUCAAAUAAGUGACACAUCAAAAGACUAACACAUCACACGGCUGUACUCGUUUGGUGACGUCUCACAGAAAAUGACUUUGAUUACCUGUUUGUUGUUUUUUUUUUCUUUCCUUUACAAAGUUGUCUCACUUUGUUCUCUUUGCUUUUGAUCUCGUCUGAAACUGUCACCAUCCCAGAACUUCGACACGACAUUGUUAUUCCGCUACACGACGACGCCUAAACUGUGUUGAUUUCUCGUUUGUCCAGAGAGGACGGAGUUCAGACGAAGCCUUAAUGUGAUGUACAGCUUGUUGCCCUCUUAAUUUGUUCCAUUUUGUGCUGCUUUUUUAAUCGGGAACAGCGAACCGGUUCCUUCUAAGUUUACUUGUUACUUUCUCGGUAGCUCCUUGCCGUUUUCGUUCGAUGCCAUCCCUCCCGACUCGUGUCUGCUCACCUUCAAAGUUUACAUUUUUACAUUGUUGUUCUGUUCAGCCAUCUUUAAAUAUACACUUUAAUGAAA